CGCCCGCCAUGCGGCGGCUCCCGCUGCCGCUGCCGCUGCUGCUGGCCGGGCUGGGGCUGGGGCUCGGGCUCGGGGGGGAACCGGAGCCCGGAGCCCCCUCGGGAGCGCAGUGCCUGGAGCACGAUUGCUUCGGGGUGUUCUGGUCGGCGCUGCCCUUCGCGGAGGCCGGCGCGGAGUGCCAGAGGGGCGGCGGGCACCUCAUGACCGUCCGUUCCACCGUGGCGGAGGACGCGAUCGCUUUGCUGCUGCAGAACCGGAGCGGGCAUCUGUGGCUGGGGCUGCGCCUCGGGCUGCCCUGCACUGAACCGACCCAGCGCCUCCGCGGCUUCCAGUGGGUGACCGGCGACCGCAGCACCGAUUACUCCAACUGGGCGCCGUCGAGGCGGCAGUGCGGGGAGUUCUGCGUGACCGUGUCGAGGGAGCUGCGCUGGGAGGAGCGGCCCUGCGAGGCUCCUGCCGACGGCUUCCUCUGCGAGUACAACUACGGGGGGAGCUGCCCGCGGCUGCUGCCCGCCGACGGGCUCCCCGUCGCUUACACCACCCCCUUCGGCGCCAGUGUCGGGGACUUCCUGGCUCUGCCGCCCGGCAGCACGGCCGUCAUUGCGGCCUUGGGGCUGGAGCUGCACUGCGAGGAGGACGGGGAGAGCGGGAGGCUGCGCUGGGGCCGCCCGGAGCUGGGGCCCUGGUCUUGCCGCUUGGCCAACGGAGGCUGCGACGGGACGUGCGAGGAGGACAGCGGGCAGGCGCGGUGCUCCUGCCCCGAGGGCAAAGUGCUGAGCAGCGACGAGCGCGGGUGCCGCUCGCCCUGCGCCGGAGCUCCGUGCCAGCACCACUGCGUGGUGGCCGGCUCCACCUUCCUCUGCAUGUGCGAGGCUGGGUACCGCUUGGCUGCCGACGGCAGCAGCUGCGAGGACGACGACGACUGUGCCGUGGUGCCCAGUGUGUGCGAGCAGGUCUGUGUCAACACCGAGGGCGGCUUCGAGUGCCACUGCCACCGCGGGUACACGAUGGUGGACGGGCACUGCCGGGCGCUGCCCGUGUCCCGCUGCUACAAGGCGCCCUGCGAGCAGCAGUGUGAGGAGGUGCCCGACGGGUACCGCUGCAGCUGCUUUCCCGGCUACGCCGUCGACCCGCGGGUGCCCACCCGCUGCGUGCUGCACUGCAACCGCAGCCAGUGCCCGGCCAAGUGCGACCCCUACACCCUGUCCUGCGAGUGUCCCGAUGGCUUUGUGCUGGACGAUGCCGACAACGGGCAGGUCUGCAUGGACAUCGAUGAGUGCAACAUGAACUUCUGCCAGCACAACUGCACCAACUACCCCGGCGGCUACGAGUGCCACUGCCAUGCCGGCUACCGGCUCAUUGACCAGAAUGACUGCAUUGAAAUCCUGGAGGAGGACAGGGAAGGAGCCUACUCGGGGGAUUUUGGGCCCAGACCCCAGACACCCAUCCCCAGCCAGAUCCCACCGAAGGCAAAGCACCUUCACCCCGGUGCUCUGGUGGGUAUCACUGUGGGUGUCCUCUCCGCAGCGCUGGCUCUGCUGGCCCUGGCCUACCAUCUGGUGAGGAAGUGCUGCAGGGCCCCAGCCACCAUGGAUUACAAGUGCAGUGGUCCCCAUGAAAAGGAGAUGGGACUUCAGCCGGUCACCUCGGGGUGUGCAGCAGCCAGCCAGAAACUGUAGGGAGAUCGGGCAGGACAGACAGAGGGAGGUGGAUGGAACUGGGUAACAUUUACUCUCCCCAUCCCCUGCAGUCUUUGAAUGAUAAAGAGAAUCUGGGAAAAGCAAAAAGCUGUGAUUCCCCCCCCCAGCCACUUCCAGAAAUACUCCUUGCUUUCCGGCCGGCUCUUGCAAUAUUCACCCCAGAGAGCAGGGAAGGUGGAAGGGCCGGAGUGCUGCUCUGUUCCUCUCCCUUCACAGGCAGUGUAGGUGGUCAGCUUUCCUUUCUUUUUUCCAGGAAUCCGGGGGGUUCAAGGAGAAACCUUGUGUGUUACAGGAUGGGCAUCUCCAUCUAGAAGUGACUUUUAAAUCCAUAUCCACCAUGGUAUGAGAGCCACGCUGGCUGAGUUGCUGUGGCCCGUAGAAGGUCACUUGGCCCCAAAUCCUGCUCCCUUCACUGGGAAGCUGGGAUGGAAUGGAUGGUAUUCCCACAGUGGCAAAGAGAUGGGAUGCCCCUGCCUUUGGGUUCAGAUUAGUGGGUUUAAACUGAUGGGUGAUGGCAGAAGGAGCAAAGACCUUGUGCUCAGCUCUUUCCUGCACUCCCAGUUUUUGCUUCCUGUCCCCCCAUGUUGCCUCUCUCCUCUGGCAGCUGAGCACUUCCCACCUUAAACCACUAGCAACAGCAAGGGUCCUGCUGGUGUCACAGUGUGAGGGUGAAACUGCCUGAUUUCUCUUUCCUUUUACCAUUUUGGGGCUGUUUUUGGUGUGUGUGGAGGUUAAAUGUGGACACCGAGACUGCCAGGGUAAUUUUUUCCAUGGCAGGAAUGCUUGUUCCCAGCCUUGUGUUCCCCAGCCCGUUUCUUCCAUGAUUUUCUGCCCUUGUUGCCUUAAAACGUUAUGGUUUUAUUUACAAACCCACUCCACCGACCCCUCCUGUCCACAGGGUUUUGUCCUUUAGUCUUGCCCAGGCCUGAGUCUAAUCCAUGUUGAAGCUCAUGGCAAAACUUUCCUGGGGGGACACGACCCAUGCCACUGUAUACUUCCCAUCCAUGGAUCAUCUGGAAAAGCCUUUUGGGUGUUUUUCCAGCCCCAUCAUUCCAUGGGGAGACACGGGGCAAAGCCACAGUGGUGUUGGGAGCCGGCGCGGACACAGGGUGAGUUGUGGGAGCGGGUGCUGACAGCUUUAUGCCCAUGAAAUAUCACCCUGCAGCAGGGGUUGGCUUUCCCACAGGAAGCUUUGGAAGGCCGGGGUCAGUGCUUGGGAGGGCUGGAUGCUGCAGAGGCGCUGAAGGGCUCGGGGGGGGGGGUGUCCUGUCUCCCGUUAUCCCCCCUGAUGUGCUAAACAACAAGCAGCAUUCCCCCCUCUUCCCGUAUGAUAGAGCUACUCUGCAGCCUCCAAGGGAAAUAAGAGAUACCCAUUGUGUAAAUCAAAGCUUUCCUAAUGUAAAUGGUCCAACCCCCUGUUUUAUAAACCCGGCACGUUUGUAAAUACUUAUUUAUUUAUUGGAAAUAUACCCUCUGCAAUGCACAAUCCCAUGCGUAGACCAAUAAAGCUGGUUUAUAGAAA